CGCCCAGCGUCGUGCUGCCGCACAGCAAUGCAUCGACAAACUAAAUAAUCGACGUCAAAAGCUGUCAAAUAUGGCGAGGGGCAGCGAGAGAGACAGAGAGCGGAUAAUUGACAUGUAAAAAUGUGAUUAGGCCUGACCGCACUGUGAUCUGCGCUUCGAGAGGCUGGGUGGACCGACACGUUCGCGGUGUCUCCCGCGAACGACGAGAUACGCGGACGACAAUCGCGAUGUCAGAAGCCUCGCCGGCGGUGCCUUCCGAGUGCCGGAAGUGAAGUGUGCGCGAGGGUGGCGGCGAGCAGGAGAGCAGCAGAUCUGGUCGCCCCGUCCCGUACGCAGCCGGGGUCGGCGAGGGAUACAGGCGAGGGGGCAUGGUACAGUAAUCCGGUGGGCAACAGACUAUGGGGGCCCAGCAGACCAAGGACAGGGUGAUCCCCGCUGGGUCCACCGUGCGACAAACGCGCAAGCAGCAAACCAGGAACCUGAAGGAUACGCGCCUCAUAGGCUCUAACAUAUUCACCGAGCACAGCGAGGCACUUUUACAAAGCAGACCGCUGCCUCACAUUCCAGCAUUGCCAGAAGGUGAUCCUCCAAGUGGUUCUAGUGUUCAAUCAAUUUCACAGCAAGCAAAUGUUCAACAACACACCAAUGUGUCUGCUAGUGGGCUUCUUGAAGCAGCAAAUAGAUGGACCAGCAAAGAAAAUCUGUUGGCACAAGAGGAAGAUGAUCCUCAAUUAUUUGUCGCUUUGUAUGAUUUUCAAGCUGGUGGGGAGAAUCAACUUAGUCUGAAAAAGGGUGAACAAGUACGUAUCCUAAGUUAUAACAAGAGCGGAGAAUGGUGCGAGGCUCACUCGAGCACCGGACAAGUAGGAUGGGUACCAUCAAACUAUGUGACACCCGUGAAUUCUUUGGAAAAACACUCUUGGUAUCAUGGGAGAAUAUCUAGGAAUGCUGCGGAAUAUCUGUUGAGUUCGGGAAUAAACGGUAGUUUUCUCGUACGGGAAUCGGAGAGUAGUCCCGGACAACGUAGUAUCUCUUUGAGAUACGAGGGUCGAGUGUAUCACUAUAGAAUCAAUGAGGACAGUGAAGGAAAGAUGUUCGUCACGACGGAGAGUAAAUUUAAUACGCUGGCUGAACUGGUGCAUCAUCAUUCGAUGCUUGCCGACGGCCUCAUCACACAACUGCUGUAUCCCGCACCAAAGCACAACAAGCCUACUGUCUUCCCGUUAAGUCCGGAGCCGGACGAAUGGGAGAUUAAUCGAACGGACAUAGUAAUGAGGCAUAAAUUAGGAGGCGGUCAAUAUGGUGAUGUAUACGAAGCAGUCUGGAAGAGAUACAAUAUGACUGUAGCGGUUAAGACGCUCAAAGAGGACACAAUGGCACUGAAGGAUUUCCUGGAGGAGGCGGCCAUCAUGAAAGAAAUGAAACAUAGAAAUUUAGUGCAGUUGCUGGGAGUGUGUACGCGCGAACCGCCGUUCUACAUCAUCACGGAAUUCAUGAGCAAAGGAAAUCUCCUUGAUUAUUUGCGAAACGAGAGUAAACAUCAGAUUAACGCCGUGGUUUUGAUGCACAUGGCUACGCAAAUCGCGAGUGGCAUGAGUUACUUAGAGAGUAGAAAUUUCAUCCAUCGCGAUCUAGCAGCCAGAAAUUGUCUGGUCGGCGAGAAUCAUCUUGUUAAAGUUGCGGAUUUUGGAUUAGCCCGUCUUAUGAGAGACGACACAUACACUGCUCAUGCCGGGGCAAAAUUUCCCAUAAAAUGGACAGCGCCGGAAGGUUUAGCAUACAAUAAAUUUUCCACAAAGUCUGAUGUGUGGGCAUUUGGUAUCCUUUUGUGGGAAAUUGCUACCUAUGGUAUGUCCCCUUAUCCUGGUGUCGAUUUGACAGACGUUUAUCAUAUGUUGGAGAAAGGCUAUCGAAUGGAGUGUCCUCCAGGCUGUCCGCCGAAAGUUUAUGAAUUGAUGCGUCAAUGUUGGCAGUGGUCAGCGUCAGAUCGGCCAACUUUCAAGGAAAUACACCAUUCAUUAGAAAAUAUGUUUCAAGAAUCGAGUAUUACCGAAGAGGUAGAGAAGCAGCUUCAAGGUGGAGGGGAAAUCCCAUUACUAUCAUAUAAAAAAUCGCAGACUGGAAGUACAGGAAAUAUACAUGGGCUUGUUCUUGUAUCCGAGCAAUUAUCUUCUUCUGGCAUAACACAAGAAGGAGUUGGUUCGGUUACCAAGCUGAGUACUUUUAUGGGUGGCUUGUCGAGUAGGAGUAAUAGUAAUAUAGUUCAAAUGCGAAGAUCGACCAAUAAGAAGGGAAAACAAGCGCCGGCGCCUCCCAAGCGAACAAGCCUGCUAUCAUCGUGCAGUUCUUUCCGAGAUUCCGCCUACCAAGAGCAAGAUCAGCAAAAUGUCGAAGUGAGCACUAUGACGCUUGACGAUGGCACAGAUCUAAAUGGUAUUGAUAAGAUUUUUGAAGGUAUCACACGUGAUCUCGUGACAAUGGCUACACAGUCAAUUACUACAGGAGGUUGCGAUAUGGACGACGACGGAGAUGGGUCGCAAGGGACAGCAGAACAUAACUUUGUUCCUCAACCGUCAACUUCGCCGGAACCAGUAUCCAACUUACCGUGCAAUCAGAAACAAAUUAAAUCUCGACCUUACACAUCUAAGGAGGUACUAUCUCAGAAGCUGGUACACGUGGGUGCGCUGGAGGUGCAAAAUGUUAAGAGAGCGAUCAAUCGUUACGGUACAUUGCCAAAAGGCGCUAGAAUCGGGGCGUACUUGGAAUCUCUGCGACAAAGUGGUAUGCCGUCGAAUCAGGAGAGUGUUUCAACCGCUACGUCUUCUUUGUCCACCGCGAUCGUAGAACAGCAGCAGGACAUCGUCGCGAGCGCCAUGAUUGAUACGGUCUCGCAACAUCGUUCGCUCUCGCCUCGCCAGAACAAUCUGCGUGGUCAACCGCAGAUGACGCGCAGCAACUCCUCGAGCGGAGUGGUGAACACCUAUCAACCGCCGAAUUCACCGCGCAGCCGUGCUGUAGGUGUUCGGAAGACCAACGCGGAGGGAAUCGGUCUGCGGACCUUCCGCGCGCCGAACAACUCCAGUUUUCGUACCGCCAGUCCGUCAAGAUCGAUCCAACCGACUCUGGCUGAUCUGGAGUUCCCGCCGCCGCCGUUGGAUUUGCCACCACCUCCAGACGAGAUCUUUGGUGAACAGUGCGAUCUACUGCCAUCCGCGACUACGGCGUCGCCGUGUGCCGAGAGUUCCUCGUCUCAUACAAAAAUCGCGAGUUCGCCAGUCGGUCUCAGGAAGUUGAAAGCGGAAUGGCGGAGUAAAGAUGAAAUGAUAAACGAUCACGAUCAGGACGAUAGGAAUAACGAUGUGAGGAACGCCGAACCGUCGGUAAAGGAGGCUAGUUCGCGAUUCGGUGUGAACUUACGACGCCGAGAGACCACUUCCUCUACUUCUGGCGAUGCGCAUUGCGGCGGUAGAUCCGCAGACGAGAAGAAGUUGAUUUACAAACCGAAGGAGACGACAAGUGGCGGCGCAAUGAAAGCGGAAUCGAUGGACGUAAUCGGAAUCGCGGCUCCCGAGGAAGCACCACCCCCACCCCCGCCUCCGUUGCCCCCAAUCGGCAGCGCGGUAAGCGCUACCGGUACAUCUUUGGACACCUUCGAAUCCAAACCAGGCAUGAAAGAGAUGCUGGAACUUAAGCUGAUCAACGAGAUUAAGCAGAGCGCAGAUAUGAAACAAGGUAGUAGUAGCAGUUCUGCGAAGAAGAUCGGCAGCAACGUUAGUAGCAGCGGGCUUCCGUCAGCGCCGCUUGAUCCAGCGUCGCAGCUUCUGUCCGAGUUGUGCGCCAGUUUUAGCAUGGAUUCUACCAACAAGCAACAUAUUGUUCCGAGUGAAUACGCGAUUGCAAUGUUGAAGAACAACGAUGUGUCCGGAAACAUUCAGGAGCACAUUCACGUAAAUACGCAAAGUAGUAUAUUCCCUGAGAAGAACAAUACUCACAAAGAGAUCCCGAUGAUAACUUCGCCGAUCACCGAGGGCCAUAUAUUAAGCGCGACUAGCGUAGGUUUCAAAUUGAAGAGGGUGGAUAAGAGAAGUAAUCCGCAGAAGGAAGAAAAUCCGGAUAAUCAGAUAAUCGAUUUUAAAGCUCGGUUGCGGAAGGUGGACAACGUUGAUAAGGAAAAAGCCGCGGCGGAAGAGAGGGGCAAAUCGUCGCGUUUCGAUGACAACGCACAGGGGAGUAAUGUCGUAGAUUCGGCGGAUUCAUCGUCUGGCGUGGAUGAUGCAAACGACGAUAAGCGCCGCAGCACCGGAAGUAUUAGUAGCCUAAAAAAAUUGUGGGAGAAUAAGGAGGCUUCUUGUGAUAACCAACCACUUAGUCCUAAAUUAAAUGUGAGAGGGGCGAGUAGCAAGCAGGACGACAUUGCGAACGAAGAUUCGCCGGAGGAUCAUAGCAACGCCUCGACCAGGAGCUCAACCAGCAAGGGCGACUCGCGAAUAUGGCCUCCAACGUCAUCGUCCUCAGAGAUGGAGAAACCGAUUGUGCCGGCCAAACCGUUAAAACCACUUGGACCAUCCAGUAAACACUUUGGUUCCUCGAUAUACGCCACACCAAACUGCAACAAGUCAUCGUCCCAAGGCAUUGAUGAUGACGGUGGCGGUAAACAGACUGGUGGUGAAUCGAAAGGGGCAAAGCAUAGCGUGAUGGAGAUCUCGAAUGUCAUCGAGAACAGUAUUCUUAACUUGAAAGGCAGCCCCACCAUUGUCAUGGCCAGUUGGUUGCAGCUGUCCGAUAAAGUCGGCCUGUUGCACGGUAUGUGCGUCAAUCUGACUGACACGGCAAUCGCGCCGCACGCGAGGUUCCAAUUCCGCGACCUACUCACUCGACUCGAACUACAAGCGAGGCAAUUACGGGCCGCCGGCACGCGCAACAUCACUGAGAACACGAGACUCUUGUGCGAUGUGCAGAACACGAUAAAAGACGUAAUAAACACGGUGCAGAGGUAAAGCUGCACACGAAUCGCCGGCGGAUUAAAAAAUCAAAACGAGCAUCUCCUCCUGCGAACAUUUCCCUCCGUCAUUCUCCCGUUCCUGUCGUGGUGUUUCUCGUUGAAUCGUAGAAUUCAUCAUUCUCCUCACUCUUCUAUCUCUUUCUCUUUCUAUCUUUAUCUCAUCGGAUCCGUGGGCGUAUAGAGUAUACAUAAAUUUAUAUAAAUAUAUAUCUAAGUCACACACACACGCAUACACUAAGUAAGGUUUUAUCAAAGAUUGAGGUCCUUUUUUGGAAACAUAGCAAUUAAUUUCCGAGCGAAUAUAUAAGAAUGAGCUAGUGUGAAUAAGUUAAUCGAUAAUACGAUUUCGCGAUCGUUAGAGGGAGGAGAGGGGAUUAAUCCAAAGUUGCACAAGUCAAAUGAUCGCCGGUAUAUCUCCCGACACGCAGAGGCAACAUACAAUUCAGACGGAAUUUUGCGCGUAGCAAACUAAGUUCGUAUACAUUUACAAUUCCGCCUGUGUAUAUCAUUCGUAUUUUUUGGAAGAUCUUUGGGAGAUCACACUACUAUCGUGUGUGCUCACCAGGCCUGGCAGAAAAAUACGGCCUUAAGACAAAAAAAAAAAAAA